UUCACUUCGCUCCAUCCUGGAAAGACUGGGGUGAAAUACAUCGUUACAGAUGUAAUCUCUCAAAAGUUGAUGAUACUCGAAAGUUUUCAUUUUCAUGGAUGUAGUAGUACUGUGGUCACGUCAGGUGCCGAGCAGUGACAGAAAGCGUUAAACUCAACUCUAGUGUUGUUUGUCCAAAGGACUUGCCGUACGUAGCUGUCAGUUUACGCGCAUGCGCGGUAUAGAUCGAGCAGUGAUACCCAUGCGUGAUAUAAAUCGGGUAGCGAUUCAAAUCGGGCAGCAACACAUGUCAUCAGUCAGAAAGUCUUGCUGGAUUUCAACGACCAGGACUACCAUAAGAGCAGAAUGGAGGAGAACCAGAACCCGGAGCACCUUAUCUACAACCCCGGUAAAAGGGAAGAACCAGACUCACCCUCUGCUACCACCGAUAAACAGAAACAAACAGGAAGACAGAGACUCAAACAUCACUGCUGUCAGCACUGUGACAAAGCCUUCUCGACAUCGAAAUAUUUAAAGAUUCAUCAGAAAGUUCAUACAGGACAGAAACGUCCAAGCUGUGACCAGUGUGGGAAAGCUUUCAAUACAGUCACUCAUCUAAAAAGCCACCAACGCAUUCACACUGGAGAGAAGCCAUACAGAUGUAAACAAUGUGGGAAAACUUUCUCUCAAUACAGUAAUCUAAAAAGCCACCAAUACAUUCACACUGGAGAAAAGCCGUACAGCUGUGAGCAGUGUGGGAACACUUUCACUACAGUCAGUCAUCUGAUAGUCCACCAACGUAUCCACACUGGAGAGAAGCCGUACCGGUGUGAACUAUGUGGUAAAAGUUUUACUAACGACAGUAAUCUAAUAAGCCACCAACGCAUUCACACUGGAGAGAAGCCGUACUGGUGUGAACAAUGUGGGAAAACUUUCACUACAGACAGUAAUCGAAAAAGGCACCAACGCAUUCAUACUGGAGAGAAGCCGUACUGGUGUGAACAAUGUGGGAAAACUUUCACUACAGACAGUACUCUAAAAAGGCACCAACGCAUUCACACUGGAGAGAAGCCGUACUGGUGUGAGCAAUGUGGGAAAACUUUCUCUCAAGACAGUACUCUAAAACGGCACCAACGCAUGCACACCGGAGAGAAGCCGUACUGGUGUGAACAAUGUGGGAAAAAUUUUGCUCAUGGUAGGUCCUUAAAAUCCCACCGAUGCAGUCACUCAACAUUGUGUUGAACAUGUUUUAGAGGCAGAUCAGUGGUGUCCCCCGUCUCUUCAUGCCUUUAAUAACAGUGUUGUUCUAUCCUGAGUUUCUCUACAAACUGAGGUCUGCCAGCUGUAACUUUAGAAUCAGUAUCUUUGCCAUUAGCCAAUUUUUCCAUGUGACCGAUUUUUAAGCUCAGUGCUUGGUUGUAGAUAACUUCUACCCUGGAAGCGUUUUCAUUUUUCAACUUGAGUUUCAUGUUGAUCCACGUCAUAGAAUUUCUGAAAGUGUGAGUAGCGUAACAUCGUCAAUGGGGGGGAAAGUAACAGCAUUUAAAGUAACUCAAAGAAAGCUUGAAACUAGUUUAAAUGAGUUUAAGGUGGAUUCAGGAUUUGUUUUUGGUGGUUUUACAGACAAUUGAGUUCAGUUUAAUGGUAAUUAGAUUUUGAAAAUGUGCUAUUUGUGUUAAGAGAACAAUCAUUUUUAAAUCAACCACUUAAUGACAACGAACAAAUACAGGUUAAUUAUUCCAAUCAGAAAGAGCCUGAAACAUAAAUUGUUACCAACUCCCAAGGAGACAAAGAGAUUCAUAAAGAGGAUCUGAUUAGAGCGAAACAAGGAAUUGUUUUAAGAAACAAGGAAGAUUAAGAUAAAUGCAUUUGAAAAUAAGUUGAUAACAAUGAAAUUCAUUUGAAUGUGUCUUAACAUUUCAUGAUGAUGCAUAAUAAGGAGCAUCCAGGUACAAAUCUGCAGAGAUCUGCACAGCCUGUUACAUCUCACAUUGAAUAAUGUCAGCAUAGUUCACUACCAGUCAUAUAAAUUUUGAGGCAAUUAGUUCAUAAAAUGUCAGAAAAAUAUGAAAAUACCGAAAAAUGCCUGUUAUUUCUUACAGUCUAAGGUGACGUCUUCAUGUCUUGUUUUGUCUGAUCAACAAUCCAAAAUCCCCAACUAAUUCAGUUUACUGUCAUGUGACAUAGAAAAGCUUCAAAGGUUCCAGAGAUAGUUGAAUUGUUGGAUUCAACAACUGUGAGGUCAGACAGUUGUGAGAUGUUAGGGGAGUUUUCAGACUCAGUGUGACGACCUGACGAAUACUUUGUUUGAAGCACACUGAGACUUUAAUAUCCCUAAUCUUUCUGAUCUUUGUUCAGUCAGUAGCAGAGUUGGUAAACAAAUCAUUACAGUCUGAGUCGUCCACACCUCCUCAUUGUUCUACUUCAGUGCUGGAAUAUAACUAACCAUGUGUAGCGAAGUACUGUACUGUUGGAUCUACCUUUAAUGAAUAAGACAUGAUGUAAUUUUAUAUAUAUUUUUUUAUGUUUGUAGUGAACAACACUUGUCGCUUUUAGCCAACGUGUUGAAACUUUGUUCUGCUGUUAGGACGAAAAAAAGAACGUUUCCCAAACUUCCAUCAGCAGAGACUAUAUGAUGAUGCGUCUUCAUGGCAACCACAGCUGCUAGGACUGAGCAUGAGCUUUUUCUGUAACCAGAUGUUUGACAGGUUUUUCUUUUGACUUGUUUUCAGUUUGACCUGAAAUGAGAAAUAUUCACUUCUUCUUCUUCUUCAGCUGUUCAAGUGAAGCUUUAAUGAGUUUACAUUUCAUUGUUGUUUUAUUUCAAAACCUUUUUAAAAUGUAAUCAUUGUUAAAACAUUAUUCUAUGAGUCAGAUGAAUAAAUCAGCUGUUUGAUA